CGUUGAGUUUGAUUUGAGUCGGGCGCAUGUGAAACCAAAACCAAGCGGCAGUCGACGGCGACGGCGACUCGAAAACAGAAAAAACACCGAAAAAACGGAGAAAACGCACACGGAGCUGGAAAAAUCAAAGACAACACCGAAACCGAAACAAUAUACGAUCCGAAAUCGGAGGAAAAUAUUAAUUUUGUGCUGCGUUCGCCAAACGGCAUUUGUUGCGCGAUAUAAUUCGUUUUUUUGAUUGUGACGACUAAAAAACUCCUUGCUUUUUUUUUUUUGUUAUUUGAGUUUGCUGUGUGCGCGGUUUAAUUUCGAGAUUUUCCCCGCCACCCUGCCACCCCGUUCCGCUGGGCGUUUUUUAAUGAAAAUAAUCUGGAGGAGGGCUAACGUAGAACCGUAGCGAACCUGUUCCAUGCUAAUUCUACGGCCACCUGGCAGCUGAUUCGAAAAACACACAAAAACCGAGAGGAGCAAGAAGGUGAGGAGGCAGGAGAAGCUGGAGAAGAAGAGGAAGAAGCAGGCGACGGGAACAAACACAAACAAAUACCAUUCACACAGACACUCUACUCGUUUACUCGCUCGCACACACACACACGUACACAUACACCUACGAGCGCGCCAUGCUGUGACAACACCAAAAAUUACAAUUUCAAGAAUAAACAACAACAAAGCCGAGCUUACAAGGAGCAGGGCGAUAAAGAGAAGACGCGCCAACAAACGGUAUUCUGCUUGAUAUGCAUCGAAGGCUGAAGGAGAGCAGGAACCGAAACAAGACCCGAACCGGCAAGAGGAAGUUAAAGCUAAGAACUAGCAUUGCUUAACACUCUCUAUCUCUAUCUCUGUCCCAACCGAACACUGCCUGAGAGGAGCUAAUCCGGAGAUCCCGAGUUCCCAAUCCCGAUCCCUGAUAUCCUGACAAGAUGUACAAGUUGCUGGGUAGCCUUAAGAGCUACCUCAAGUGGCAGGACAUUCAGACGGACAAUGCCGUCUUCCGUCUGCACAACUCCUUCACCACGGUGCUGCUGCUCACCUGCAGCCUGAUCAUCACCGCCACCCAGUAUGUGGGCCAGCCGAUUAGCUGCAUUGUCAACGGUGUGCCACCGCAUGUGGUCAAUACCUUUUGCUGGAUCCACAGCACCUUUACCAUGCCGGAUGCCUUUCGCAGACAGGUUGGCCGAGAGGUUGCCCAUCCUGGUGUGGCCAAUGAUUUUGGUGAUGAGGAUGCCAAGAAGUACUACACCUACUACCAGUGGGUGUGCUUUGUGCUCUUCUUCCAGGCGAUGGCUUGCUAUACGCCCAAGUUCCUGUGGAACAAAUUCGAAGGCGGCCUCAUGCGCAUGAUUGUGAUGGGACUGAACAUCACCAUCUGCACUCGCGAGGAAAAGGAGGCCAAGCGCGAUGCCCUGCUGGACUAUCUGAUCAAGCACGUAAAGCGCCACAAGCUGUAUGCUAUUCGGUACUGGGCCUGCGAGGUUCUCUGCUGCGUGAACAUCAUUGUGCAAAUGUAUCUGAUGAAUCGCUUCUUCGAUGGCGAAUUCCUUUCGUACGGCACCAAUAUCAUGAAGCUGUCGGAUGUGCCGCAGGAGCAGCGAGUAGAUCCCAUGGUCUAUGUCUUCCCCAGGGUCACCAAGUGCACCUUCCACAAGUAUGGUGCCUCCGGAUCACUGCAGAAGCACGACUCCCUCUGCAUCCUGCCGCUGAACAUUGUCAACGAGAAGACGUACGUGUUCAUUUGGUUUUGGUUCUGGAUUUUGCUCGUCCUGCUCAUUGGACUGAUGGUCUUCCGCGCCUGCAUCAUCUUUAUGCCAAAAUUCAGGCCUCGUCUGCUGAAUGCUCGCAAUCGCAUGAUUCCCAUGGAGAUUUGUCGCUCGCUAUCGCGGAAACUGGACAUUGGCGACUGGUGGCUCAUCUAUAUGCUGGGCCGCAAUCUCGAUCCAGUGAUUUACAAGGAUGUGAUGAGCGAGUUUGCCAAGCAGGUGGAGCCCUCCAAGCAUGACCGUGCCAAGUAAUUGAGUCUCGCGGGAUCCGCCUGAUGACGACCGACCCCAAUGAUGUAUACCCUGCCCCAAACCCAGACAUAGCCUUGACGUGACUUUUUGGAAACCCAGAGACACCCCAGACACCCGACACCCCGGAUAUCCUUGUUUGGAUUAUUAUUUUUAUUUAGCACAAAUCAUUCUACUUAGUUGAAACUCAAGACCAGGACAGAGCCGCGUCCCCCCAGCCCCGACCCUUUGGUAGUUCUGUGAUUGACCCGACUCCUUGACCCAUUUCCCCUCCGAAUCCCCGUCCCUGUCCCCCCCAAAAAAAAAAAAAAAAACUAUCAUAAACAUGGAUUAAUCAAUGAUCACAACUCGAAUCGCAUGGCAGAAAAUAACUGACGAAAAGAAAAAAGACAAUCAAAUCCAAAACCCUUUUCUUAAUUUUAUCUUUUUUGCUUUUCCAUCACACACACACGCGAAAAAAGAAUGAGAUUUUCCUUGUUUAUUUUUCUGCAAAAAAAAAGAAAUUAAUUUUUUUUCCUAAUUUUAAACUUUAAUUUAAUACCUAGCUCUUAUUUAUAAAUAGUUGCAUCACUAAACGAGAAGGAAUUUCCCCCUAAAAAAGCAAAGAGAUGAGAAAUACAGGAAGAAAAUCAUAUUUUUGCAUGAAACUGAGAAACGCCGAUAAUAAUAUAAUAAUAAUAAAUAUUG